AUGGCACGUGUAAUAUUACUCGCAUCAUCGUAUUGUAAUUCUGUUAGUAUUUCUGCAUCAGUAUUUCUACCGAAAACGCAAAGCUGCCGAUCAAUAAGUAGAAAGAUUCCUCCACCUGGAAAACCACCAAUUUGCCCUCCUGCCAAAAGAGUGUUAUAUCAUGUUGUGCAUCAUCGCUGGAUGAGACCAGAUGUUGUCAAAGAGUUGUUAUGGCGUCGACAUGUUUACAACAACGCUAUAGUGUCAUUACGCAAAUUGUUCAAAGAAGAAUCUGCAAAAAACACAUAUGAAGAUGUGAUAGCUAAAGAAGCACUGGAAGAGAGUGAAGAAUUCGAACAUUUAUUAGCAAUAAAUGAAGAGAGGAAUCAGGAAGCGGCAGAGAAAAGGGAUAAGCGUGAGAAAGAAGAACUGAGGAAAAUGGAGUCCGAAUAUUUGAAAAGUAUUGAAAAAGAGUUGGAAAGAAGAGAAACAAAUGUUAAACAAAGGAUGAAAGAAGUGCUUCAGAUGGUUGAACGGAGCAAACAUUUCAUAACUGAUGAAACUCUGGAUGAGAAACUAGAGGAAGCUUUAGAUAAUCCAGUCGUUUAUGAUUACGCGGUAGAUUUGCAAGGUAAUAGGUAUUAUGCACCAGUACCAGAAAAAUAUAUCAAAGGUACUCCUCCUCGUCAAAAGGGCCGCAUGUACGAUAUUACUUUGGGUACCGAACAUUAUAGUAAGAGCAAGAUGCCGGUACCUCCACCUCCACCACCACCGCCUUUAGCAAUACCUUCGUCAGGUGUUAAAUCAGCCACUACCGCUGUGCAAUCUAAAGUUAAUGAUCGGUCCAAACUACUGAGUGAAAUUCAAACUGGUAUGAAAUUGCGGAAAACUGUAACAAAUGAUAGAUCGGCACCAGUGGUUGGAGGGAAAGUUGCAGAUUUGUCGGAGACCGGUGGCGGGACUGCCAUUACUGGUGGGUCAAAAGUUUCAGCUGUUGGAGGAGUUGGUAGUCUUUUUGUGAAUGGUAUUCCAAAAAAGCCGUCUGAUAACAAGAGGAAUCAAGCGAACGUCUUUAAAGGUUUAGGUGUAGUAGCUAGUCCACCGCUUCUACCAAAACCGUCCGAAAUGCAUUCUGCAAAGCCAACAACUCAUUCAGAGCCUCAAGAACAGCAUCUUUCGACAUCAUUGACAGAAUGUUCUGAAGCUUCUAGUAUUUGUCGUCAAACUUCUGCUGGAAUAGCUAGUCGUCUAAAACAAUUUAAUCAGGUCACUCGACCGGGGUUAGCACCACCAACACCACCAUCACUCAAAACCAAGCCGAUUGUUAAAGAUAUUAGGUCUUCACCGACAAAAAAAAUUUCUGUUCCAGAACAGUUCAAAACCUUGAGACCGAAUAGGACUGCUAACGAUGUCUCUUCUUUGCGUCGAUCUGGUAGUUCUGAUGAUGUAAGGAAUCCGCAAUCAUCGCUACCGAAUAACCAUAACACCCCUCCAUCAAGCACUCCUUUACCCUUGAAUUCAUCUGGUUCGACUAGAAUUCCGAAACCAGCAUGUCCGCCUCCUCCACCACCUAAUCAGGCAUCCCGAAUUGGACGUCCAGUGGCUCAUCCAUUCAACCACUUCACACCAGUUUCUACUCUAGGAAUAUCUCCCAAUGUAUUAAUUGACGAUGAUUCACCUCCUCCACCACCGCCUCCUCGAAUAGCUUCUUGUGCCGAUCAAAUGGACCGUUUCACCUUUAUUCCUCUCAGUGAGCUACCACCUCCAGGAAUUUUUUCUGGAACAAAGAAAGUCUAUGAAUAUCAUCCAGCACGUAAAAUUCAAAGUGCUUCUUCGAUUUACCAUUAA